CCAUGAUACAUUUACUUCAGGAUUAUUUUAUGAAUAGAACGUUCAAAAGAACAGCAUUUAUUUGAAAGUCACUUUUGAUCAAUUUAAUGCAUCCUUUGUGAAUCUUACUGUCCCCAAACUUUUGAUGCAUUAAUAAUGGAAACCCUUUAUGCUGAAAAAAAGGGACACUUACUUAUUGGAAGUAUUUUAUCAAAGAAUCUUCCCUGUGUUCGAAAAAAAAACAUUGGAUUCUGCUUCUUUUAAGGAAAGUUGUAGGAAGAAACUUGCACAUUUGGAAAGUGUUUGUGUUUUUCCAGGAAUAUUCCAGUGUGAUUUCAAUUGAAGGAAAUGGUGAAAUUGGGCUAUUUAUCAAGUGAUUAUGAUCAAUACCAUUGAUUCAGCAGGUGUAAAGAAUUGAAUGUCCCAUGAUUAUAUUUGAUAUUCAUUGAAUCCCAGUCAUAUUUCCAAUAGUGCAUAAUCAGGCCCAUCAUAAAUAAGGUUUAGUUUUAUUAAUGUGCACAGUAAGAACAAGGUACAUAUGAGUUUAUGAAAUAUAUCAAACCAUCACACUGUUUGAGACCAACAUACAGUGAACAUGCACUUUGAUUAAUAAGUGGCACCAAACACUGGUUGUAUUUUUGUUCCAUUUUCUUUUUUAGCUUUUUUUGAGUUUAGAAAAAUAUUUUUCCCAUUUUCCACAUGCAUUUGAUCAUCAUUCAGCCGAGCUUUAUUUAAAGCUUUUUAUUUGAGUGUUUUAAUGCCGUUUCUUUCAGUGUUGGGAAGAUUGCUGCUGCUGUCUGUUUAAAGCUGGAGAAGCGCUACAGCUAAUUAGCCGUCAUCUUAUUUGCACUGCAGACAGGUUGCUGUGUUAUGUGGUUUACAUUUGAUGUCAAAAAGGCGAAGAAUUAAAUUAAAAAAAAAAAAAAAAAGACAACUGUAUUCUCUGCCUUCGCUGGAAAACUGAUUAUCAGCGGUACUAAUGAAUUAUGUUGCCAUGUAUUUUAAAUAAACACGACAGACCAAACCCCUUCUGGCUGCUUUUAUGUGUCUGUAUCUCUAAUAUUACUGUACAUCUAAUAAUUCAUGAUUAGAUGUAAGGGAUCAUUUGUCAUUUUAUUUCAAAGCAUUUUUGGAUUGAGUUAUCCUUAAUAUGGCACUGUUGCAGCCUGCAUUCACAUUAGGUUAAACAAGACGAAAAUAAAGUGAAAAGAGGAUAACUCAUAAAAACUGUUUUUCUUAAAGGUGUUGUGGGAUACAACACUCUCUAAAGAGCUCCAAAAACCCAAAAUAAUAUAUAUAAAACUUAAUAUAACUAAAAACAACAGACACAGAAGAGAUCAGCAGUAGGAAAAAUUAUAUUACCAUACCGCAGAGAGGGAAAAAAAAACAAAACGCUGUAUUAUUCAUGCCAGGCCAGUAGUUGGCGAUGCCACUUCGCAAAAAAUACGCACCUAUAGACUGAACAUGUAAUAAGCAUGCGUGUCGUUUUCACAAAUUCCCGUUUUUGUAGUGUACGUGAUAACGGUAUAGUUUUUAAAAGCUUGCACUUUGAAACCCGUUUUCAAACGUUUGCAUUUUCAGGCCCCCAAAAUGCCAUUUUUGUCUAAUUGAACAACCAAAACGCAUAAAAAGUUUUUUUUUCUGUUUUUCUUAGUCAAACCUACAAAUGAUGCAUCACAGCAGCUUUAAACCUCCUUUAUACCACAGCAGCUGUGAUCAGUGAGGGUUCGAGCAUUCUGAUUGGUGCACAAAGAGGAGUGGGUGGAGACCAAUCAGACAAUGGGCAUGAUGAUCUGCCACACCUGUACCUCUCUCUCAAUUUCAAUUCUAUAGUACUUCAAUUUAAAGUACUUGCAUUUUGUAUAUAUACAAUAUUGCCAAAGGAUUAUUACACAAAACAUAAUAACAAGACAAAUAAAUAUACAAUAUAAUACGAAAUACCAAUAUUGUCUGCAGUGGCAUACUGCACAUCUGUGAGGCCCCUCCUACCAGCAGUAAUUGCAUGUAUGAAAACUUGUCCGUCUCCCCCAUUUUCAUUUAAGUGGUAUAAAUAUCUGAUUUUGCAUGCAGUUAAUUAUCAUUAUAUCGAUGCAUUCAAUGUUAUUAUUAAAAACGUAAUAUAGACUAUAUGAUGUAGGCCUAUGUGUAGUGUUUGUGACAUAGGCUAUAUAUAGGCAGGCCUAGUUCUUUUAGUCGCAGGAAUAAAUUUUAUAAACUUGCAGGCAAACGUGCCACUGCUGUGAUUUAAUUGUUAUUCUAGCAAUAGCAGGAGGUUGCGUCAAGGUUCCUUUUAAAAAUUCGUUUUAAUUUUUUGUAUAAUUGUAUUAUUAUUAGACUUCUUCAUUUCAUGAAUUUUAGUGAUGCACCGAAAGGAUUUAUUUAAUAAUCAACAAUCAAAUGUAAAGUUACACAAUAAUUUAAAUUGUUCAUAAGGCAGUUUUAUAUAAACAUUUUUAUAAUAUAAUUAUGUUUCUACUCCAAUUUGUUGGUGAAAUAUAAACAUGUAAACGACGGCUGUAGUAUUCAUGACAGAUUUACUCAAACAUAGCUAGCUAACUCUAACUGGUUAAGUCAAAAUUUAAUGAAAAUACAAUCCUGCAUAUAUUUAGCAACAUGCUCUUUUCUAGGGUUAUUUUUUGCUAGCUACCGAGUUCUGAGGUAAAUGUAACAUUAUGUGACAUUGUUCUGUUUUAUUGUCUUUCCGUGGUUGAAACACUUGAGCGGUUACAUCUAGGUAAGUUGUAGGCUAUUGUAUUUUUCAAUACCUUCAGAUGUUCAUGUUUAUUUGCUGCUGUAACUAGUAGUAAAGAGAAGAUGAGAUGACCGGUUCAUCCGCUUCGGCUACAGAUUUAUCACGGUGUAAAAGACCGGCAAAAUAACAUUUAUUGUUUAAAUUUCGUUAUAAAUUCGACAGAAUUUUUAAACUUGUUUCAUAUUAAAAAUGACAAAGCAAGUUUAUUGUGAUUAUUGUGAUUUUCGGAUGGCAGGCACGCUACACGCAAGUGAAGUUUUGUUCACGCAUCAGCUGAAAACAGCACAGACUAAAAGACUGAGCUCUAUAUCAUUAAUCAAAAACAAGAAAUCUACAUGUUUGUCGUUUAUUCACGAUGUGCAUUAAAUAGAACCAUCGGAGAAGCUCUACAUCCACAAUCCAUCCAGAGAGUCUUUACUUCGAGACCGGUAGCCCUUUAAGGCCCCAUUUACACUGCACGGUUCAAGUGACCCAAUUCCGAUUUUUUCCUCCUAUGUGGCACAGAUCGGAUAUGAGUCAUGACCGUGAAAGCAGGAAGCGCAUGGAUUCCGAUUUUCACAUAUCGGUUUCAGGCCUCAUUCAUAUGUGGUUAUAAAUCAGAUAUGAAUCGGAUACGUGCGUUUGCGCCUGCAGUGUAAGCGGACAGAUCGGAUAUUCCCCUGUAAAUGCGACUCCUGCGUCAUUGAAAAGUGAGGGGUUUUUAACAUUUCGCGGUACAGACAUACCUAUAACAAACGGAACAUCUCUAGUUGACUGGUAGAUAAUUCAUUUCAUUUGUUUGUGUUAAAUAAAAGGUGAUCUGAUGUUGAAAUGUGUUGCUCUUGAAAUCGCACUGAGUGCUCGUUGCCGCUGAUGUCAGUGACGACGGCUCGUGCACAGACGCGCGCUUCAGUCCCUAUUCGUUCCAUUGAAACCACAAAAUAAAAAGCACACAAACUUGCAACUGCCCUUGAUAUACAAUCACUGAUGAAUGCAUUUGUUUUAAUGACAAAAUUUGUAUUAUUUUUAUGUAGGGAUGUAACUAUUGCAUUAAAAGGGUUUCUAUAUGAAUUUAUGUCAAUAAAUUAAGCUCAAUGUACCAUUGAAAUUGAUUUGUGAUGUCAUAUAGGCUAUUUUUGGUACAUUUCGCCAAGUGCAGUGUAAAAAGGAGACAUCCUAUAUAAGUCAAUUUUAAAAGAAAUGUAUGCACGCCUCCCAAAAAACGGAUAUGGUCAAAAGAUCGGAUCUGUGCAUUAAGACUUGCAGUGUAAAUGCGGCCAUAGUGUGGCCUCCAAAGCUGACAAACAGCUGCUCUGAUUGCCAAAACCGGCCAGAGCUCUCAGUAUACCCUCUAAUGGCCCUUAUGGGACAGAGUGGAUGGGGUGCCUGCUCGUUCUCUCCAUGAGCGGGGCCGAAUUCAAGACAGGAAGGUUCCACAGAUACCUUCCCUUUAUAGUGAUAAAAGUUCUUUGGAUUAUUUAAAUAUUGUUUACACAAUAAAAAUGGUUAUUUUAAGAAUUGUUCACUGAAAGGUUCUUUAAAGAACCAAAAAUGUUUCCCCCUUUUGGAGCCAUUAUCUUUAUGAGUUUAUACUUUCAUUUGUGUGAUUUCAUAAUUUUAACUAUUAUUCUAAAGUGUUUCCAGACUUUUGAUUGGUCGUAUACAUUAUAAUACUGCCUUUUGGCAACAAGACAAACGUCAAGCCAAAACUUGAUUUCUAUAGCAAGGACUGAUCCUGCAUUACGCCACUCCUUUGGUUUUAUGGUGGGUUAAUGAUGCAGUAAUCUUGUGCACAGGCACACAGGUGAUUUCCGCAUGCAUUCUUCAGGAGCGGAGAGAGGUCAAAGUUUGAACAGCAGAGUUAAAGUACGACCAGUGUGAAGAUGAAGGACCCGCUGAGCAGCUGUACUUAUAAUCUGCUGUAUCAGGACCUAAAGAGAAUCUCUAAGAAUGGCGAGUAUUUCUGCAAAGAGCUCUUGGCCGUGUUUCAACAAAGAUCUGAACUGGAGAUCAGCUAUUCAAAAGGACUUCAGAAGAUCGCAGGGAAACUCCUUAAAGUCUCGAAAGAGAUGAGUGAUAACUCCACAUAUCGCGCGUGGUCCUUCAUAUCAGAUGAAAUGUACGCCUCAGCAGAUGCCCACCGCAUACUGGGAAAUGCUCUCAACCAAGAUGCUAUUCAGGAAAUCCGUCAAAUCCUAGAUGAACACAGCAAAAGAAAAAGACCGCUCGACAAUGCUGUUGAAAAGUCUGGAAAGCUUGUUCUUACAAACUGGAGUGAGCAAAUUAAGCUGAAGAAGAAGCUGAUUGGGUUGACGAGAGAACAUGAAGCUCUCUUCAGCUUUGUGGAGAAAAAUAAGCAAAUCUCUACGGAGAAAGAAAAGCAGAAGAUGUUUAAUAGAUUGACUAAAUCAGCAGAGCUUCAGGCCAGAGUUGAUGAGGAAUAUUUCAACACCAACGUGGAGGGUCACCACAUCCGACUGAAGCUGGAGAACACACUGAAAACCUGCUACCAGAUCGUUCAGGAGCUCGAGAAGCAAAGAAUAGAGACUCUGUCCAACGCCCUGGACAAGUACAGCCUCUUCAUGACUGUCUACGCACAGACCGUCAUUCACAGUCACAAACAGAUCGAGCAGGCCGUACGGAGGGUUGAUGUAGAGAAAGACAUUCAAUCACUGGUUGAGGAUGUCAGUGCUACAGUGGACGAGAACAAAGCUGAAUUACUCAUGGCUGACUACUUUGAGGAAGAAGGAAAAACAGUCAUGGGGAAAGACAGAAGGAAAGAUGGCAUCAGGACUAAACUUCAGCGUCUAGAGGACUGCAUCACAAAAACAAAAAGCGACAGAGAAGGUUUAGAGAAAAUGGUGAAAGUAUACACAGAACAGCCAAACUUCUCAAAUCAAAAAAACCUGGAGGAAACAGAACAGUUGCUGGACGAGGCCAUCCUCAAACUGGACCUUUUAGAGGCGACGCACUGCAAACUGACUCAGAGUCUGGCGGAGUUAGAGGGAAAACCCAGAUCAAGACAUCGAUUCACUGACAGCAUUACUAAAUGGAAAGAAAAGGACUGUGAGCACAGCGUAGUGCAGCUUUCCCGACCUAUGAGGAUCAAAAAGACUCCGUUCAGAUCCCGUCAGUCCAUGAGGACCGCCAUGAUCAAUAAAAGUGCAGUGACCAACCAAAGCCCUGAUAUGACAAGCAAAGAGCCCUCGAAUGAGACGACCAAAGUCGAUGACCAACAGAGUGGUCCGGUUAAUGGAUGCGUGACUGAAUCUGAAGAGGAUAAAGGUGCAGAAUUCUGCUCUAUCGGCAGAUGCAAGGCUUUAUACAGCUUUACGUCAGAAAGAGAGGACGAGUUAAACAUUAAUGAAGGAGACGUACUAGAUAUCUUUCAGAAGGAAGACACGGGCUGGUGGUUCGGUGAGCUGAACGGACAGAGAGGACAUUUCCCUUCCACAUACGUCGAAGAGCUGCCUGUUUUUACUGCGAUGAAGUCAUCUGAAGCUUAGCUUCGAAAGAGCAUGUGAAGAAAAAGGUCACUGACCUCAGUGCCACUAAAUUAUGAUUUACUCAUGCUGUAGGGUUAAACCCACUUUAAAUUAAUUACUUCACAUGACCUUUCCAUGUGAUUAAAGAAAAACGUACUUUUGAAAAUCAUUUAAAUGAAUUAUUUCAACACUGAACGAUUCACUCACAAAUCAUACAGUACUACAUCUUGUGAGUAGUUACAGGGCACAAGAGCAAUAUCUAGCCGAUUAAAUAUUUUAGAGCAGAGCAUAAAUGUAUUUACUACAAAAAUUCCCAUAAAGUCUUGAAAGUAAAAUUAUAAAAGGUCAUGUUUUCAGGUUUUUCAUGACCAUGGGAAGCCUAUCAGUUAAAUGCAAGUGUGUGGCUAUAGAACCUUUUAUCUAAAUAUAUUGUAUAGUGAAAAAAAAAUAGAUUUCAUUUGUGAUUUUGACAGCACAGUAAUUAAUAAACUACAAUGGUUUAGAACUUCCUGUCACUGUAGUAUAACUAAAUUAAGAAAUUUCAAAGCACUUUUUAAAGAUUGUUUCUCGUUUAUUGUUAAAAUUACAAGCCAAUAAAUGAAUGUACAAAAUAUGUAAAAGGUAAAUAAAAGCUUGAUGUACUUGCUAAUGAUA